AAUUGGUGGUGGCGAACUCAUCGUGCUUCAAAGGAAUGCCUAGGCACUGUUGUUUGUAGACUGUCAAUGACCGACUCUCACACCCCAGAGUCGAACCGUCGUCCCAGGAGUCUGGUCCAUCACGCUACAUGCUAUGCCGACCCAGUGCUCGUCUACUUUGGCAGGCCUGGCAAGCCGCAAGCCUGGGGCAGAUGCCGCCAGUCCGCCACAAGCCAUUGCGGCACGGGCAAAACCGUUAAUCUUGCAAUACACUAGCACCACCCAAGACCAUCACGCCGUAUUGCGCCGUCGUCGCCCUAGGCCAGUAGAGGCCCAGACUAGACUUGGCCGACGUCGCAACCUGCCCAGGCGUCGUGAUGGUCUGUGUAACAGUCUUGAGCCCUUGGGGGCAGAAGACAAGGUCCACGGGUCGGUGCUUGGCUCGAGUCUUCAAAUCGCUAGCAUCCUCCCGACCCGCCGUGCCCGCUUCCCUUCCCACACUUCCCCGACGCACCAAGACAGCCCGCCCCAUGCCGUUUCGGGCCUGGGCUCCCUUGUCAUUCUCGUUUACCAUUACUGUUUUCGUCGCAAGCGUCCUCAGCAUCGAUUCGGUAAGGCAAAACCCUGCAAAAUGAGAUCUGCGGAAUCCAGAGAAACGGGUCCUGCAAAUACACGGCUCGAUUUGCUGCCCAAAGCCCUGGUGUUCAUCUUCCCCCCUCUUGUCUGGCACGUCUGGGUGCGUGCAGCGUGUGUGGGAAAGAAAACAUGGUGAAAAUGAUCCCCAGGGCAGGCAACUUGGGCCCCUGGCUAGCGUCUUUUCUCCUGUACAAAGCCUGCAUCUCGUCUAUUCGACACAGAAAAGC